UUUGAAUGCAACUGAUCGAUUAGCAUUUUCAUUUUGCUGUCAGCUUCGGCGGUGGCCUGGAAAGAACACGAGAGUCGAAAUUCUGAUAUGCAUCGUGCUUGAGGACUAUCGAAGAAGGGGUGCUGAUCCUCUCCGUACUGUGCUGGUUAGGUCUGUUUCGCUUGACUGAGUCUGUAGUGCUACCAUACUCAUCGAUUUUCCUAUUGACUGAGCUGACCACUGAAAAAUACUCUACCGAAUUUUGUACUCUUACGAACUUCUCGGCGCUGGAGAGGCCGGGGGCACGAGGGUACUCGGAUAUCUUGUUAUAAUAUAGCAUAGUUCAAUGGCGAUGCCUGCUGGUAUAACAUGGACCUAUGGGUUGUGAUUUUCUCAAGGUAAAUUCGACCACAGCAGUGCCUGUGCGUAUUUUGGUCCGUGGUGCACCAAGCGUGCACAAGCCCGCGCCUCUGAAAACCCCGGAGAAAAGCGAGUGGUUCAGUGACCACCACUAUCAGGAGUUGUUGGCUCUACUGAAGACUCAACUGCCCAACUUCUCGAGCCUGAAGCAGCAUCCCAGUGGAGAGUUUGCAGGUGGGGACUUCGUCGUCAACUGGAGGGUUCAGUCGUGGAGUAUCGGUCAUGUGACUUUGCUGCAAAAAGUUCUUCCUCAUCUCGACCACCCUCAGGCACGCGCUGAGGAUGUUUCUUGCUUGUCCGAUCGACAAAGUGCUGGUCUAAAGCAGUCUUGCUUACCGUGGCACCAAGCUCGGGAUACGACCGUGCAUGCCUGUGCUGAUGUGAAGUCGGCAGCAGCAAUAGCGCCUGCUCGCUAUGAGGGUCUUCAUUUCCUGCCCUACCUGAUUCAUAUCAUAGUCAGUGUCAAGUCUCCUGUGCUGCAAGUUGAUCAGACUAGCAUACCAAUAACAGCUUUCUUCAGCUCGGCGGUGACUUCGAAUGGCAAUCAGGAACGACAAUCUCCAGUAGACCUUUCCUCUAUUGAUCACACUGUGCCGGUCGUUUCUAGUGAAGAAACCAGUGCCAGUAUUAUGCAAAAGUCAAAUUGCAAAGACAUGUUGGAACGGCCAUCCACCAAGAAACAACAGGCUAAUGUCAAGUCUACUGUAUCCAACCGCCUGCUGAAAAGUUAUGAGAAAAAGAGUGGUGGUGUGUCGCUGAGCCAGGACCAAGCCCGUAACAUCUUCCAGCAAACAUGUGCAGCCUUCACCUGCAGGUCGGCAACAAGUGCUGCUGCCGCAGCAAAGUCACCUCCGUCCAGUAUCUUGUCUUCUCCGACAAACAGCCAACAUUCUCAGGAUGGUAUGGAGGUGACGUCGCCCAUACUCGCCUCGCCUCUUCUGCAGCCCAAGAAGAAAGUUGAUUUUGAGAGGCUGUACACGGAUAGCCCAACCGUGGGGGAGAUUGAAAUGCAAGAUGAGCGACUUGGCCAUUCUCAGAUGCUGGCUUCUGCCAAGCCCAGCCUCUGCUGGGUGUGCGAGGCAGGGUUCGUUCCGGACGUGAACUCUCGCCACCAAGACCGCUGCAAUGCGUGCUUGGUUAGCGCUCGGCCGGAGCGACGGGCAAGUGUGAACGAUGACGCGCCAGUCGCUUCGCCGCUGUCAUUGCUCCGCCGCUCAUCCUCCUCCUCUUCUGUGCUAACACCACUUUCUCCUCUGAAGCGGCUAUCACGUACUAACUCCUCUGCCAGUGUUGAGGACUAUGCACCGCCUGCUAAGCAGACACGGCUUGAGUUUGCACCGUCUUCUACCGAAGAUGUGGAUUCAACUGAUGCUCGUUUCAGGAGCAGAAUCUGUUAUGGGGGAAGCCACAACCCACCCAGAAAAGCCACCAUAUCCGAGCUGGCAACUGGGCAAAUGUCCUCCGCCAAGGAUGCACAUUCGACUGGUGCUCGUUUCAGAAGCAAGAUCUUCUAUGGAAGCAAGUGUCGCAGAUCUCUGGACUUGAGGGCAUCGCAAGAAGCAAGCUUCGAAAGAACGGACACACCCACUGCUGAUACUCCUGCGCGAGGAAGUCAAAGUGAAGAUGAUGAUUGGGAGGCAGUGCGCUCGUCAUGUGGCAAGUCACCGUCACAUCAGUCUGUGCUGUCUGCCUCUGGUCGGUCCUGGUGUGCCAACAGCAUUGCAACCUCGCCCAUCAGCAGACCUGGUUCUCAAACGGUGUCUUCUUCCUCGGCGGCUUCGCACAACGUGUCGAAGAUUCGCUCGCGCAAUGCUCGCCUCGGUCGGAUCAUGGACAUGGAUCCACAGUCGGCAACACUGGAUGAUGUGUUGAUGGGCAGUGGCCAUGUAGUCGCAUGUGCUUCUAGCCACUCCACUACGAUGAUGGCAGCUGACAAAGAGUCGCCGUACUUCUCCACUGGUGGAGCGGAUUGUGGUGGUGUUAGCCAGAAAGGUCUAUCUCCAAAACCCUAUGACAGAUCGACUGCAAUGGAAACCGGACUACCAUACAGUCCCCCUGAAGCAGCCAGUGACGGUGAGCUGGGUGUAAGUAGAGGCUGCCUUGAUCUUGGCGCAGCCGUUGAGUGUAAGCAGACUGGCAGCACACUCGGCUCGCCGAUAGCCAAGUCUCCAGCCGUAGCGGGGCCUUAUGCCGACAGUGACAGUGACGUAGCUAAUGACCCCGCUGCUGCUGGUGGUGGUGGUGGUGACGGGGCUGCGGACGGUGACGACAGCAGUGACUCUGACUGUCGAGUUAUCGCUUCUCCGGUUCACCAGCGUACGUCAGCAGUGCGGGCCAAGCUGCGUCGGAGCACGUCUGCUCGUUCGGAUGUAUCAUCGAAUACUUCCUCUCAGCCCAGUUCUGAGCAGCAAUCGGGCACAGUCAGUUCCAAAUCAAUGGCAGACAGACAUCCAGUCGUUGCACAGGCGAGUGUGCGCUCCGAGCUGACACCAAAGACGCGUCAGCGCAACCGGAAUCGCCUGAAGAGGCCCAAGAAGCGAGCCAAUGGCGAACAGACCAAUGGUGGUACAGCAGCUGCAGAUGAGGUGUGGACGGCAAGUGAUGCCUGCUCACAGACCACUGAUUACUCUGAGCCUGUUGAUGUGGAUGAGCAGAGCAAAGGGCUAUCUACUGAUGCCGCUGCCACUACCACUGCUGUUCCCUCUCCUCGACCAGGCGAUGGAGCUUGUGAGCAAGCAGAGGAUAGCAAUGUUUCAGAUGAUGAGGCCGACCGGCGCAUUGUGAACAUCAGUGAUGACAGUGCCUGCAGUGAUGGAGAGGAGAUUGAUGCAGCAACGGUUGUUGCAACCCUGGAGUAUGUAACACCCCGCCAGCUCAAGCGCUAUGUGGUCCAGUUCAGGCCACAGCUGAAGGAUAUCUUCUCGGGGAAGCGGUAUAACGAACGUCACGAGAAGUACAAGGAAGGCGGUAAAGCCGGAAAGCAAGUUGCAAGGCAGCAUUCCAUGGUGUCUUCUGCUCAUCAAGAAGUGGUAGCAAGGGUGCUACUAGCUAUGUUUUGUCGAGGCGAAGAUGUCAAGUUCUACGACUACACGAUGCUUGUCUUGUUGCCCGAAUGCCUGGUGAUGCUUGUCACAAAGUUGUGCAACUGCUCGGAGGAUGUUGCACGUGCCAAGCUCAUAACGUGAGCUGCUACUUGGUGACUGCUGGUGGUGCAUUUUGUAGUGACCCCUGUACACAAUGUCAAGUGUAUUCCCCAUCCCUCGCUCGCUGGUCGAGUGCGCGGACACAGUACCACAACACUUUGGUAUGGCAUGUUCCGUAUCUGCCUUUAGCCUUCUCUACACUAUAGCUGCUGCUGUGAUCUACAUCAUUCCAUUUUCACUCACUUGAUAUGUGAUCAUACUCUAACUAAGUUCCACCGGGACGAGAAGAUACAUAGUCAUUGUGUGUUGUUGAUAGGUAUAUUCCACACAGUGUGUUCUCUGCAAGACAAUGUCUUAUUCUCUCACCCAACGUACCAGACUUAUUGGCCAUUGUGUGCAUGCUAAUCUAAUCUUUGAUAAUAUAUUUUCUAACCUUUCUUCUACACAUUCUCAGGCUUGACGAUAUUCCUUGGAUUGUUACUUCAGGCAUAUAACCAAAACUUCUCCUUUCACUUUUCUGAUGGUUUCUAUUUUUUUAACGCCUCUUGUUUAUGUUUAUGCUCCUUUGAGUGUGCGUGUUUCUAUCUACCUUUGGGCUGGACCCGUUCACUGGUUCAUGUGUACUGUCUGGGCUAUUUUCUGUUUUAGACGAAGAUUGCAAAACUUUUCUAGGUGUGUAUGUGUAGUUCUUCUUGUAUUCUACUCCGUGGUGUACUUCUGUUUAGCUCCAUCAUUGGCUUUCUCGGUUUUUUUUUCCUGUGGCUUUCCGAAGUAAUCCGAUAUCAUUUCCUACCAUUAGCAAGCCCACGUAGCCGUUGCUCCCCGACUGAGGCCACGCAGUCCAACUUCAAGAUUGCAAAAUAUUUGAAAAAAAUAAGAAAGUCAA